UCUCUAAAUGAGACUUUUGCAAAACCUGUGCUCAACCAGAACAUUUCUAUAGAAAUUGCCUUCAAAAUAAAUGCUACCAAUGUGAUCAAUAUAGUUAUAUUAGCAUCAAUUGCCCUCUUGCCUUUAUCAAGUUGGAUAACCAAAGAUACAGAUAUGGAUAUUUCUUUGAUGAAGUGA